GCAGUUGUGCGCCGGUGCAGACGGAGGGCGGCAGGCGGACACGGGCUAUCUUCACCAUGGCCUACGGCUGGCCCCUGGCCCAAGUCAAAGGCUGGCUCCGGCUCCGCAGCCAGCUGGGCCGACAGUGCCUGGCGGAGUUUCUCGGGGUGUUUGUGCUCAUGCUCCUCACCCAGGGGGCUGUGGCGCAGGCCGUCACCAGCGGAGAAAGCAAAGGCAACUUCUUCACCAUGUUUCUGGCCGGCUCCCUGGCCGUGACGGUGGCCAUCUACGUGAGCGGUAACGUUUCAGGGGCCCACCUGAAUCCGGCCUUCUCCCUGGCCAUGUGCCUCCUGGGACGUCUGCCCUGGGCCAAGCUCCCCGUUUACUGCCUGGUGCAGCUUCUGUCGGCCUUCUGCGCCUCGGGAGCCACCUACGCGGUCUACUAUGAUGCCCUCCAGAAUUAUACAGGUGGGAACCUGACAGUGACUGGCCCCAAGGAGACAGCCUCCAUCUUUGCCACCUACCCUGCCCCUUAUCUGUCCCUGAACAACGGCUUCCUGGAUCAGGUUCUGGGCACAGGAAUCCUUAUUGUGGGGAUCUUGGCCAUCACGGACACACGGAACAAGGGAGUGCCUGCGGGUCUGGAGCCUGUGGCUGUGGGGCUGCUGAUCCUAGCCAUCGGGUUAUCCCUGGGUGUCAACUGUGGGUUCCCACUCAACCCUGCCCGCGACCUGGGCCCACGGCUUUUCACCUAUGUGGCUGGCUGGGGCCCUGAAGUCUUCAGUGCCGGGAAUGGCUGGUGGUGGGUGCCUGUGGUGGCCCCUCUGGUGGGGGCCACGCUUGGCACAGCCACGUACCAGCUGCUGGUGGCCCUCCACCACCCCGAGGAGUCAGAGCCAGCUCAGGAUCUAGAGCUCGCGCGACGGAAAGCCUCAGGCUUGGAAACGUCUGCCCCAGCUCGGCGGCCGCAGCUGUGAUUCCCACAGGACAGCCCUCACCGCCCUCGGGGACGCUGCGGAGGGCCAGAGGUCCGGCGUCGGGGACAGGACAUUCUUCCUCUGACGAAUGCGCCGGCUUCGCGGUCGGCUGUCGAGGCUCCCUUUCCUCUUAAGCCGGAGAGGAUGCCUGCACCGGGCGAUCCCGGGCCGGCCCCUCCCGGCCUCCUCCGCUCCUCCCCCCUCCCC